AUGAUAUCUAUUGAUACAGUUCAAUCUGAAGAGGACAUAUUGGGCAUUGUAGCGUUAUUACAAAUCAAUCUUCGACGUAAUCUUUCUCUCGAUAAGCAAUGUUCAAAUGGUUUUGUUUCCAUUGAAUAUGAACCAAAAUUUCUUCAAAAAAUAAAUCAAUUGGCACCAAGUAUUAUAGCCAAAGAUUCAACUUCUAAAGUAGUCGGCUACUCUUUAGUGAUAUUACCUCAAAUUGCAGUAGAAUUACCAGAACUUAAUAAAAUAAUUUUAUUAAUCAAGAAACUUGAAUACAAAAAUAUACCUCUUCAAAAUUAUACUUAUUACAUAAUGGGUCAAGUUUGUAUCGCUAGUGAUUAUCGAGGUCAAAAGAUUUUUGAUCGCAUGCUACAUAAACAUCGUGAAUUAUAUGCCGAUCGUUAUCAACUAUUGAUUACAGAUAUUUCAGAUAAAAAUAUUCCUUCAUUUCGUGCUCAUGCUCGAGUCGGUUUCGAAACAAUAUAUUCAUAUAACGAUCCAAUUUCAAAUGAAACGUGGCAUAUCGUAUUGUGGGAUUGGCAAAAAUAA